GUCAGUUAUUCUAUUCCAGAGGAAAUGAAAAAAGGAUCGUUUGUCGGUAACAUUGCUCAAGACUUAGGUUUGGACAUAAAGCGGUUGAAAACGGGAAAAGCUCGUUUGCAUAUUGGCAACAGCAUGGAAUACGUUCAAUUGGAUAAAGACAAGGGGCUACUUCUAAUGAAAGAUAAAAUAGACAGAGAAGCAUUGUGCAAACAAACAAUACCGUGUGCUUUACAUUUUCAAAUAAUUUUGGAAAACCCUAUUGAAUUUUACCGCGUUACCUUAGAAAUAACGGACAUCAACGAUAACGCCCCAAUAUUUAAGAUGGAUGAAAUGUUAUUUGAGAUCAGCGAAUCAGCAGUAAAAGGGUCCAAAUUUGAACUAGAAAAAGCACUGGAUGCAGACGUCGGAAUAAAUGGGCUUAAAAACUACUUCCUUAAUCCUACUGAUAAUUUUGUUUUAAAACUCUCUGAGAAUUCUGAUGGGGGGAAAGAAGUAGAAAUGGUUUUGGAGAAACCACUCGAUCGGGAGAAAAAUGAAAGACUGACGCUAACAUUAACUGCUGUUGAUGGAGGAGACCCUCAACAGUCAGGGACCGUGCAAAUCCACAUACAUGUAUUAGAUGUAAAUGACAAUGCCCCAGAGUUUACAGAGCCGACAUAUAAAGGAAGUUUGAUGGAAAAUUCUCCAAAAGGAUCUUUAUUAAUGACUGUAACCGCAACGGAUAUAGAUCAAGGAAUAAAUGGUUUAAUAACAUAUUCCAUAUCCAAUAACAUUCAUGGUAUUUCUGAUCUGUUUGAAAUUAAUGAAAUAAAUGGAGAGAUACGCUUGAUUGGCAAUGUGGACUAUGAAACAUCAAAAUACUACCAACUAAAUAUUAAAGCUAAAGAUCAAGGUGGGCUUAGUGACUCAUGUAAGAUUAUAUUUGAUAUCACAGAUAUGAAUGACAAUAAUCCAGUAAUAGAUUUAAUGUCAACAACACAAUCUAUAUCUGAAGAUUCCAACUUUAAAACAGUUGUGGCUGUGAUGAAUGUACAUGAUGCUGACUCAGAAAACAACGGUUUGGUGAAGUGCUUUUUGAGUAAUAGAGCCCCCUUCGACCUUGAAAAUACUUCUAAUGGUUUCUAUAGCCUCGUUACAGACAGAUCGAGAACCAGUGACUUUAAGUUUGUAUCAUCUUACAAUGACAACACGCUGCCAGCUGACCAGACUCUGAAGAAAAGCCCAACAGACUUUGAAGAUGCCUUUGGAAUUACAGAAUGUUCUACUGAGUUUGUGUCAUCUUACAAUGACAACACGCUGCCAGCCGGUCAGACUCUGAAGAAAAGCCCAGCAGACUUUGAUGAUGCAUUUGGAAUUACAGAAUGUUCUACUGAGGUAGGAAUGGCGAAUGUAGGACGAUUUCCGGUAAGCUGCGGCUUCAUAUUUUUCUUUGUUGUUGUUCACUACGCGCACGGAGACCUGAGCUAUUCUGUUCGAGAGGAGCUGAAACACGGAUCUGUUAUUGGGAACAUUGCUAAAGACCUUGGCCUGGAUGUGGGAAAACUUGCUGCCCGUAAAGCUCGUGUUGAUUUUUUAUCAUCUUACAAUGACAACACGCUGCCAGCCGAUCAGACUCUGAAGAAAAGCCCAACAGACUUUGAAGAUGCCUUUGGAGAUCUUGAUGGUCUAGAGUUUGUUUCAUCUUACAAUGACAACACGCUGCCUGCUGACCAGACUCUGAAGAAAAGCCCAACAGACUUUGAUGAUGCGUUUGGAGAUCUUGAUGGUCCUGAGUUUGUAUCAUCUUACAAUGACAACACGCUGCCGGCUGACCAGACUCUGAAGAAAAGCUCAUCAGACUUUGAUGAUGCAUUUGGCUACUUUAAUGGCUCUCCUGAGGACAUUGAUGAGGGAUCUAAUGCUAAAUUACUUUAUCAUAUAUCAAUGGACAAAAACACAGAAUUGCCGUCUUACCUCACCAUCAACUCAGAUACAGGGGAGCUUUUUACGUCGCGCCAAUUUGAUUAUGAACAACAAACUCUCGUCGUUUUAGUCACUGACAACGGGCGUGAAUCUCUAACGGCCACAGCGACGGUCAGCAUUUUGCUUGGUGACGGGCUGCUUGUCCUAAACGAACUUUUUGAGUUUCCAGAUGAAUCACAGUCCAGUGAUAACUUAACGCUCUAUUUAAUUAUUGCCUUGUCAACCGUCUCGUUUCUUUUAAUCAUUUUACUCAGUGGAGUGUUUUAUUUUAAGCUCUGUCGACGUGGUUAUGUUUACCGUUCAAACACAGCCAGUCUCCCUGUUUUCCCCACAACAUACUGCACCUCUACACUGACAGAUUUUAGUCGUUGUGGGACUUUGCUAAAAGAUGAUCGUUAUGACCCUUUUUUGACCACUGGCUCCUGGAGAGGAGACUUUCGGUUUGGAUCAAAUACAGACACUGACACACUUAAAAAAAGAAGUGCAGCCUAUCAGAAGAGCACACUGAGGCGCCUCAGUGCUGAUAGGGCCAGAACCAUGCAGCGUUUGCAGAGUGAGAAGAGCAUCCUGGAUGAACCAGACUCUCCUCUGGAGAUUCGCUACUCGAUUCCAGAGGAGAUGAAGAUAGGUUCUGUCAUUGGCAAUGUAGCGCAGGAUUUGGGCUUGGAUCUGAGAAGACUCCGCUCCGGGCGAGCCCGUAUCGUUACCGCCGAGGACGUUCACUACACAGAGCUGAUGGCAGACAAAGGGAUUUUAGUAGUGAAUGAAAGAAUAGACCGAGAGCAGCUUUGUGGAGACGUAACGCCGUGCAGCUUCAGCUUUGAGGUGAUUUUAGAGAACCCGAUUGAACUUCACAGAAUUACUGUUGAAGUUACGGAUAUAAAUGACCACUCUCCUAUUUUCCCAAACAAUGAUAAAGCUAUCAGUUUUGAAAUAAGCGAAUUAGCUGCAGUUGGAGUUACAUUUCCGCUGCAGAGCGCUGAGGAUUUGGAUGUUGGUCAGAACGCGCUAAAAGGGUACAGUCUUUCACCAAACGACAAUUUUAUAUUGAAGGAAAAUACAAGUCCAGAUGGAAGCAAACAUGUCGAAAUGGUUCUCCAGAAACCUUUGGACAGAGAAGAACGACACCAUUUGUCUUUUAAAUUGAUAGCAGUAGAUGGAGGGACUCCACAGAGGUCUGGGUCCGUAAAUAUAAAUGUAAUUGUUCUUGAUGCCAACGACAAUGUGCCGAUUUUUAACCAGUCUGUGUACAAAGCUUCGGUGGUGGAAAACGUCCCAAAAGGUACUGCUGUUAUAACUGUAAAUGCCAUGGAUGCAGACAGUGGUUCAAAUGGAAUGAUAACUUACAGUCUGUCUAAAAUGAAAGGAAGUGCACGUGUAACAGUCAUUUUUCUGCUGUCUUCAUUGAACAUGGUGGCCUCCCAGAUUCGCUACUCUAUAUCAGAAGAAAUGAAGAAGGGAUCCCUUAUCGGUAAUGUAGCACAUGAUCUUGGUUUGGAUGUGAAAAGGCUCAGUUCGGGUCGAGCCCGCAUUGUUACCGGAGAAAGUACCCAGUAUGCCGAGUUGAGGGUAGACAAAGGGGUUCUUGUCGUCAAUGAGAGAAUCGACCGAGAGCUGCUAUGUGGAGACGUAACACCGUGCAGUUUCAGCUUUGAAAUCAUUUUAGAAAAUCCUGUCGAACUACACCCUGUAACAAUCGAAGUGCUUGAUGUCAAUGACCAUCCUCCGGUAUUUAAAAAAACGGAUACAAUAUUAGACAUUAGCGAGUCUGCUAACCUUGGUGCGCGAUUUGUGCUUGACAGCGCAGAGGAUCCUGACGUUGGCGUGAAUGGACUGCAAAAUUAUAUCUUAACCCCAAAUGAUAAUUUCGUCUUAAAGCAGCACAUUAACCCAGAUGGAAGUAAAUAUGCAGAGAUGGUUCUGCAGAAGCAACUGGACCGUGAGGCUGUGCCCCAUCUAUCUUUAAAGUAUAUUGCAGUAGAUGGUGGGAAUCCACAAAGAUCUGGUACUGUGAAUAUACAUAUAAACGUUUUAGAUGCAAAUGACAAUGCCCCCGUUUUUAACCAGUCUGUUUAUAAGGCCACUGUCGUAGAAAACGCAAUAAAUGGUACUCCCAUUGUUCGAGUUAAUGCUACGGACGCAGAUAGUGGAAUAAACGGUUACAUCUCCUAUUCUAUUUCUAACGCCAGGAGCAACGUCGCCGACUUGUUGACCAUAGAUCAGUCCUCAGGUUUAUUGUAUGUUUCAGGGCCAAUAGAUUUUGAAAAAGACAAAAAAUAUGAACUCAGGAUCGAUGCCAAAGAUCACGGAGGUUUAACUGAUUCAAGUAAAGUUAUUAUUGACGUCACUGACUGCAUGAAAUGGCGUUCAUGCUCAGGACAGAACUCGCUGCUACUCUUUUUCCUUUUCUGUAUUUGUUAUUCAGUCACUGGGCACAUCAGAUAUUCAAUCCCAGAAGAAUUGAAGAAAGGUUCUAUUAUUGGAAAUGUGGCACGGGAUCUUAGUUUGGAUCUGCAAAGGCUCCGUUCUGGUCGGGCCCGUAUCGUGACUGGAGAAAACGUCCAGUACAUCGAGCUGAAGGCAGACAAAGGGAAUUUAGUGGUGAAAGAAAGAAUCGACCGGGAGCAGCUUUGCGGUGACACGACGCCUUGUAGUUUCAGUUUCGAGGUUAUUUUGGAAAAUCCUAUGGAACUGCAUCAAGUAACGAUUGAAAUAACAGAUAUAAAUGACCAUUCACCAACGUUCAAAAGAAAUGGCAUCGACUUUGAAAUUAGUGAAUCAGCGAAUACGGGCGCUCGUUUUCCAAUAACUAGUGCUGAGGACCCCGAUGUGGGUUCGAACGGACUCAGAGAAUACUUUUUGACUGAUAAUGAUUAUUUUGUUCUGAAACAACACUCUAAUUCUGAUGGAAAGAAAUACGCUGAGAUGGUUCUUCAGAAGCCACUAGACAGGGAGGCAAGACCGCAUCUGUCUUUAAAGCUAAUAGCUGUGGAUGGUGGGACUCCUCAGAGAUCUGGUACAGUAAAUGUAGAUAUCACAGUUCUUGAUGCCAAUGAUAACGCACCGAUGUUUAAUCAGUCUGUGUACAAAGCUACGAUCAUAGAGAAUUCUGUCAAAGAUACAUAUGUCGCUGCUGUUAAUGCUACUGACGCAGAUUUCGGGUCAAACAGUUGGAUCGUUUGCCAUCGCAAUAUGCUUUUCAUGAGCGAGAAACACACGGUAAAAUGGAGACUGCAGUGCUUCAUACUCGUGUCUUUAAUCGUUGCAAUGACUUGCCAGAUCCGCUACUCUGUCCCCGAGGAAAUGAGAAAAGGGUCAUUUGUCGGAAAUGUAGCAGAGGAUUUAGGCGUCGACUCCAAAAGGCUGAAAUCAGGUGAUGCACGAAUCGUUAGCAGUGAUAACAGCGAAUAUAUACGGCUGGAUGUGGACAAAGGAACUCUUGUCAUCAGUGAUAGAAUAGAUCGAGAGCAGCUUUGCGGACAGAUAUCACCCUGUAGUUUGAAUUUUGAAAUGAUUAUGACCAAUCCAAUGCAAUUACAUAGCGUUGUAGUGGAAAUUCUAGAUGUUAACGAUAAUGCACCUGUGUUUCAUGAAAAGGAAAUGCAUGUAGAAAUUUUAGAAUCCACUCUGCCUGGGACCGAAAUAUUACAAGUGAGUGCAACAGAUCCUGAUGUAGGGAUAAAUGCUUUGCACGAUUAUACCUUAAACCCCAAAACACAUUUUCACAUUAAGGUUCUUUCGAGUCCCAACGGUCAAAAGUAUGUACAGCUAUAUCUCUCUGGUGCUUUGGAUCGAGAGAAAGAAGAAAAGCUGCUUCUCACUCUCACUGCUGUGGACGGGGGAGAACCACAGCGAUCAGGUACAAUAAAAAUACACGUAACUGUCCGAGAUACAAAUGACAAUGCCCCUGUUUUUACGCAACCAAUUUUCAAGGCUUCCGUUAAAGAGAAUGUUCCGAAAGGAACAUUAGUUGUGACUUUAAGCGCUACAGAUGCAGAUGAAGGAAUGAAUGGCCUUGUAACAUACCACUUCAACCGCAUGUCCAGUAGUAUUGCUGAGGUAUUCCAUCUGAAUGCAAAUAGCGGAGAUUUAACUGUGAAAGGUUCAAUUGAUUAUGAGGAGAAUAAAAUAUAUGAAAUUGGCAUACUUGCAAAAGACCAAGGAGGGCAAAGCUCGUCCACAAAUGUAAUAAUUGAAGUAAUCGAUGUAAAUGACAACGCACCUUUCAUAACACUAACGUCGUUUUCUAGUACUAUAGCUGAAGAUUCUCCAACUGGAACCACUGUGGCAAUCAUAAACGUUAAAGACUUAGAUUCAGGUAAAAAUGGCAAAGUAGACUGCUCCAUUGACAAUAAUAUCCCGUUUGCAAUCCAUUCAGCUAUAAAGAGUUACUACACUCUUAUAACAAACGGUGUCCUUGACAGGGAGGGUAACCCAAGUUAUGAAAUCACUUUUAAAGCUAUUGACGAAGGCAGUCCACCCCUCUCAACGAACAAGACAAUAACUCUAAGAGUUUCUGAUGUCAAUGAUAAUCCACCUGUAUUUGAAAACAGAUAUUACGAGGCUGAUAUUAUUGAAAAUAACUCCCCAGGGUUAUCCGUUUUUACCGUGAGAGCACAUGAUGCAGAUUUCGGACAAAACGCACGGAUCUCUUAUUUACUUGUUGAUUCUCACGUAAAUGGCCACCCAAUAUCAUCUUAUUUAUCAGUUAAUGCAGAAAGUGGAGUUAUAAAAGCAGUUCGAUCAUUUGACUAUGAGCAAAUAAAAACCUUUAAUAUUUCUGUUCAAGGACAGGAUGGAGGCUCUCCGCCCUUAAGCAGCAAUACAACGGCUCGGUAUUCCAUUCCCGAGGAGCAGGCCGAAGGUUCUUUGGUCGGAAAUAUUGCAAGAGAUUUAGGAUUGGAUGUGACAAGGCUUGUAUCAGGUAAAGCUCGUAUCAUUACAAAGGGCAGCCGGCAGUACGUCGAUUUAAACCGAGACAAAGGAACACUUUUUAUUAAAGAGCGAAUAGACAGAGAGGAACUGUGUAGAAAGACGACGCCCUGUAGUUUUGGCUUCGAGGUGUGCAGGACCACUGACUCCAGAAAGAGUAACUGUAAGUUUGGCACAGCUGGUAGUCAGAACGUGCUGAUAAUGGACCCCAGUUCUACAGGAACCAUUCAGCGGAUGCAGAGUGAGAAAAGCAUCCUGGAUGAGCCAGACUCUCCUCUAGAGAAAUCAAGACAUUUUCAAAUAAAUUUACUUGCUAGUGAUAGCGGAGGACUUACGGACUCCUGCAAACUAAUCGUCGAUGUGCAAGACGAAAAUGACAAUAAACCAGAAAUAAAUAUUAUGUCGAAAUCAAAUGUAAUAUCAGAAAAUGCUAAAGAAGAUACAGUUGUUACAAUGAUAAAUAUUGAAGACCUAGACUCAGGCAAAAAUGGGAACGUUGAAUGCUUUAUAAGCAGAAAUAUACCUUUUUUAUUAAAAUCAUCAACAAAUAAUUUCUAUAGCCUCGUAACAGACAGUGAAUUAGACAGAGAGAGAGCCUCUGACUCAGUGCUUGGCCAGGUUAGCUACACUAUUCCAGAGGAAAUGGUGAAAGGAGCUUCAGUCGGUAACAUUGCUCGUGAUUUAGGUUUAGAAACAAAACGUUUAAUCUCUGGAAAGGCUAGAAUUUAUACUAGAGACAGUGGACAGUACAUCGAGCUGAACAGGCAGAGAGGCGUCCUCCUUGUAAAAGAAAGAAUUGACAGAGAGGCAAUUUGCAAACAGACGAUGCCGUGUGCUUUACAUUUUCAAAUUAUCUUGGAAGAUCCAAUGGAAUUCUAUACAAUUACAGUCCAGAUCAACGACAUUAACGACAAUGCACCAUCGUUUAAAAAAGGUGAAAUUGUUUUUAAGAUCAGCGAGUCAGCAGUUAUCGGGGCAAAAUUUGUGCUCGAAAGAGCUGUGGAUCUUGAUGUUGGAGCGAAUGGUGUUCGUGGAUAUGAAUUAAAUUCAACAAAACAUUUUGCUUUGACUUUGCAAAAUGAUGCUGAUGGUAAUAAAAACGUGGAGAUGGUUUUACAGAAACCUUUAGAUAGAGAGAAAGAAGAGCAGAUAUCUCUCGUGCUAACGGCUGUAGAUGGAGGAGAGCCGCAGAUGUCCGGAACAAUGCUGAUUGUCGUCACGGUUUUAGACGUUAAUGAUAAUGCUCCUGUUUUUACACAGAAAACAUACAAAGCUACAGUUACAGAGAAUUCACCUACAGGCACCGUCGUUGCUACUGUUACUGCAUCAGAUGCAGAUCAAGGAGCGAACGGUAAAAUAACCUAUUCGAUUACGAAUGCAGUUGAUGAGGACCGAACAUUAUUUAAGAUUCACAAUGAAAACGGAAAAAUAACGUUGAUUGGAAACAUUGAUUUUGAAGAAUCCCAGGACUUUCAAAUAAAUUUACUUGCACGUGAUGAGGGAGGACUCACCGAUUCAGCUAAAUUAAUCAUUGAUGUGCAAGAUGAAAAUGAUAACAAGCCUGAAAUAAACAUAAUGUCGAAAUCAAAUGUCAUAUCGGAAAAUGCUAAACUGAACACAGUUGUUACAAUGAUAAACAUCGAAGACUUGGACUCAGGAGAAAACGGUAAAGUCAAUUGUUUCGUGAAUGAAAAUAUACCUUUCAUUCUCAAAUCAUCAACAAAUAAUUUCUAUAGCCUCGUUACAGACAGAACCAUGCAGCGGAUGCAGAGUGAGAAGAGCAUCCUGGAUGAACCAGACUCUCCUCUAGAGUUCGCCAUCCUUCUCUUCUCGCUCCAUACAGUCCUUUCUCAGGUCAGCUACUCCAUUCCAGAGGAAAUGCCAAAAGGAUCAUUAGUUGGAAAUAUAGUUCAGGAUUUAGGUUUGGAAACUAAACGCUUGGUUUCAGGGAAAGGUAGGAUCUAUGCCAGGAAUAGCGAAGACUACAUCGAGCUGAGCAGAGAAAAGGGAGUCCUCCUCGUCAAGCAAAGAAUAGACAGAGAGGCUCUGUGUACGGAUAGUGUGCUUUGUGCUUUGAAUAUCCAGAUUAUUUUAGAGAGUCCGAUGGAAUUUUAUGGUGUUACAGUUCAAAUAACUGAUAUUAAUGAUAAUGCACCUACCUUUGUAAAAAACGCGAUGACAUUCAAAAUAAGUGAAUCUGCUGUGACCGGGUUGAAAUUUGUAUUAGACAGAGCAGAAGAUUUUGAUGUUGGAAUUAACGGGGUGCAGAAGUAUGAGCUAAGACCAACGAAUAACUUUGCUCUUAAAAUGCACAAUAACGCAGAUGGCAAUAAAAACGUUGAGAUGGUUUUACAGAAGCCUUUAGACAGAGAGAAAGAAGAGCAGAUAUCUCUCGUGCUAACGGCUGUAGAUGGAGGAGAGCCGCAGUUAUCAGGAACAAUGCUGAUAUUCGUCACGGUUUUAGACGUUAAUGAUAAUGCUCCCGUUUUUACACAGAAAACAUACACAGCUACAGUUACAGAAAAUUCUCCUACGGGCACCGUCGUUGCUACUGUUACUGCAUCAGAUGCAGAUCAAGGAGCGAACAGUAAAAUAACCUACUCGAUUGCAAAUACGAUAGGAAACGUUAGACACAUGUUUGAAAUAAAUCAGGAAAAUGGCGAUGUUACUUUGAUCGGAAAUAUUGAUUAUGAAAAGGCAAAACAAUAUCAAAUUAAUGUUGGUGCAAGUGACGACGGUGGUCUCACGGACUCCUGUAAAUUAAUCAUUGAUGUGCAAGAUGAAAAUGAUAACAACCCUGAAAUUAAUAUAAUGUCGAAGUCAAAUGUCAUAUCAGAAAAUGCUAAACUGAACACAGUUGUUACAAUGAUAAACAUCGAAGACUUGGACUCAGGAGAAAAUGGAAAAGUCAAUUGUUUCGUGAAUGAAAAUAUACCUUUCAUUCUCAAAUCAUCAACAAAUAAUUUCUAUAGCCUUUUGACAGACAGUGAAUUAGACAGAGAGAGAGCCUCU